AUGCACUACACAUACGGGACUAACGGCCUGACGGCAUCCGCCCGGAAUCACCAACGGAUCAUUCAUUCACUCCGACGGGGCGGAGCAGGCGCAGAAUGGAGGGCGACGGCUUGCGCGGGGGGCGAGGGAAGGGGAGGGUGGUGGGGAGCGCGGGAGAGGGCGUCCGCGCGGCGGGCAGUCUAUCGCUGCGACGUCGGCGGCGGCGAGGGGCGCGCGCGGGCUGCUGGUGCUGCUGCUGGCGGCGGCGGCGGUGGGGCGAGCGCGGGCGCGCGCGCGGCCCGGCGAAUUCGACGUGCUGGACACGCGUGUCUGGAACCACCUCGUGACGGCUUCCAAUACUACAGGGACAACUGGCGCAACAGGCGUUGCGUGUGCGUUAAUUGUGAUGGAGGCGUGUCUACGUCCAACUGGCACAGCCACCGACAACGGCAGCGGCAGGAGCGGAGACGAGGGCGUUCAUGUGUGUGGCUUCUGAAUAAGGAUGAGGAAGGGAAGUUCACGCGAGGAUCGGGGCCCGUUUGUUAG